AUGCCGGGCCAAUGUUACGAUCAAGAUGUUCAGAAAACAAUGUCCAACCUCUUCAUAUCUGUGGUCGCCUCUGUGUACUUCGUACAGGCGACCACCGUCAAAUACCUAGAAGCCAUGUGCUCCCAGCCGAGCCCCCGGGAUGCCCCUCCAGGUGACCUGGUCGCCAUCCUGCACCGUAUCCGCGAUGACAACCAAAACCAAAAAGUUAACAACACGUGCUGGUGCCGCUUAUUGCUCAGCAAAACGUGUCGAGGUGAGAUCCUGGGAGAGCUAAGAUGCGAGGGACCAAGUAAUUCGAAAAAGUUCCUGGGCCAGAAGUUCAACGUCACGAUCUGGACGUAUGCAAACGAGCACGCCCAAUCCGUGCCUGCUCGAAGAUCUCACAACCCUGUCUUUGUACGCUUUGCGGUAAUUGUCGGAGCAUCUCCCGUGGUUGUCUGCGCCAGUUCUCGUGAUAGCCUCGACGGCCUUGGGUGCGGAGACUUUGACCUCACGGCCAACGAUCGAGGCAUUGUCGGCAGAGAAGUAGAUGUUGCAAAUGAGCAAGGCCAGGUCCUCGGAAGAGGUAUAAUCGGUUGGAAUUAG